AUGAUUUUCGUAUUUCAGAGAAGCAAGCGAGCGCUGGUGCCUCAACUGGUGGGAUUGUUGGAGCUGUUGUUGAACCAUCGAGCAAAGUCAAUGGCCGCCGAAGAACUGUACCUGUACGGUGGUAUGGACUUGUAUGCAUCCAAGUCGGUCCUUAGUCGCAAGGAUAUUGUGUUCGAGUCGGUAAUCAAGUCCGGGCACUUUGCUCACAUCUACAAAGCCAAGUAUCAGGGAAAUACUGUUGUGGCAAAAACACUCAAAGAAAACUACGCCACAAAAGAUGAGUUCCUCAUGAAGGCGAAGAUCAACUUUUCAUCCGAAAAGAUUGGAGACCAUCCAAAUGUGUUGAAGUAUCUGGGAUCUGUCCUCGAUGACAAGAACAUGGGACCUUUUAUCCUCUACGAGUACUGUGAGAACGGUACAUUGAAAGAGUAUCUGGUCCAACAAAAGUCCAACGUUACCACAGCGAUCGAGGAAACGCUCUUCCGUAUAGGACUCGACAUCGCCAAGGGCAUGGAGUACCUGGCUGGAAAAGGGAUUACUCACCGACGUCUGGCGGCACGAAACAUCCUGCUGACCUACUUGAACGAAGUGAAGAUCUAUGGAUUUGGCCCGCAACCGGAAGAAGAGUAUGACGGGGAUGCAGAGAACGGCAAAAAGGAGAGAAUUCCAAUCAAGUGGAUGGCGCCCGAGUGCAUGGCGGUAACGAAAGAUGCAGACGAGAAAAGUGACGUGUGGUCGUUUGGUGUGGUCCUCUGGGAAGUGUUUUCUAUGGGUAAGGCAACUAACUUGCCUAUUAUGCGGAUAAAACCAAGUUAA